CCGUUGUGAUAUGUAGUACAAUUAUAUUCGCGGCUGAUUGUUGUUUGGGGUCCUCCGAUAAAAAAAAAAUUAAUGGUUUUUUUUUUAACUGUCAUCUUGUGUUUUAGUUUUAGUCGAUUUUAUCUCGACAAACUCAGCCUGUAUGUGAAGGAAGUUUGUGGUUCUAUAAUAACAAACGUCAUGGGGCCUAAAAAAAAGGAAAGAGACACAGAUCACUCGUCGUCAUCCAAAGGAGGCACCACCACUAAUAACGGUCGGGUUGCUGAUUCCGUUCAAGCACUCAAGCAGAUCAUGAACUCUUUCUUCAAGCUUUUGAAAAACCCACUCAGAUCUAUAGGUAUCUUCGCACACCUCACUUUCUUUCGCCCAUUUUCCUUCAUCGUACUCUGAGCUACAUGAAUGGAAGGUGCACCAGAAACCAUCAAAACAGGAAAACUUGCAAACUGGUGAAUUUGCUAGACAACAAAAUUCAAAAGAAUUCUCAGAAUGAUGUAAAUACUCGGUCUAAAUUUAUGACAUUGACUUUUCUUGGAUUCUAUGAUCCAAAAGUAAAUGGCUGUCGGGAACCGGUGAAAGUCGAAACCCUUCUAUUACAAAUUGGACAUAAAAAAAGAAAAGACGUCUCCUCGCCAAUUAUGCAGAUAAGUGUUGGCACAACGGAAGUUUGUAUAAAUCCCAGUGAAGAGUCUCCCCCUCCCAAAGCUCCAACGGUCUCCAUCUCAACCGAGGAUCUUAGUUUUCGCAAUGGCCAACAGGGCAAUUCAUACGUAUUGCUAUUGCGAGUUUCUGCGCCAGUAAUAUCCGAAAUCCCAUUAAUUUGGUUGAAGUUUAUUUAUUAAUCCACGACUACCCCUACGAAGUACUGGCGAUGUUUUCCUGGACAGUGUUCAGGACAGGUCAAGCCAGGUGAGCAGGCACUUGUAGGGGUUUCCU